AAGUACAAAGGAGUGUGUUGCUCUCAAAACAGUCCCACGUGUCGCAUGCAGGUCCUACCAGCCUUAAACAGUGGUGUCAUGAUAACUUUGGUAGUUUAGUAUAUGUUUUCUUUUUAAAUUCAGAUAUAUAGAUAUGUAGAGGCACUGGUGGUUUAGCGCAGAUGUCCGACGCGGGAGAGUGGCAGGUGGCGCGGCGGAGGAAAGGCGCGGCUCGGAGGGCAAAGACACCUCAGGUGGCCCCGAGCUGCCAGGAGCCGCUGGACACUGGGAAAACGGUCCAGCGGAUCAGAGAGGCAGUGUCUGAAUUGAGAUGUGAGGACUUCUGGCAACAAUGGAGAGAGCAACUGCAGAUGGCAGGAUUUCCCUCCACACCUGCAGUGGACGGGCAGGACACUGAAGUCCCAACGGAGCAGCAGGAGAGCGACGUGGAGAGGGAUGGUGGGACGCGCCCUGAGUUGGAGUGUGUGUGUUACGGUCUGGGCUCCUUCUCCUCCUGUGUCUCAGCUCGCUACCAGCUCGCCAUGUUACUGCUGCUGCUGGAGACACAGCAGAUCCCACUGAAGGACUGCUGUGUUUACGACCCUGUGUUUUCCUCUGGAGAGCGGGAAGUCCUGGGAGAGCUGGGUCUCACCGUGCUCUCUGAGAAUGAGGAAGGGAAGCGACUGACCAACAGGCCCACUCUCUUCUACCUGAUGCAUUGUGGGAAAGCCCUGUACAACAACCUGCUGUGGAGGAACUGGAGUACAGACACCCUGCCUCUGCUGAUAAUUAUUGGAAACAGCUUCUCUGGCAUACUGGACAGAAUGAUUGACAGAGAGCUCCAGCGAGAUUACAGCUAUAUUGUUCAGGCUGUGGCUGUGUGUGAGGAGAGGGCCCUGCCUUGUCCGUCCCGUCUGCUGGAUGUCUUCAACGACACGGCUGUCAUUACAUUCCCCCCAAGCAGCCUCAACAAACUCCCCCAGUCCACCUGGGCAGAGCCGCCUGAGCCACAGUACCUGCACUGCUCUGAUUUGGAGAUCAUACUGAAGGAAAAGCCGCGCUGAGACAGGGACCAGACAGCUCUACCUUUUUUUGUUGAUGAUAUUAAUAUCAGCAGUUUUUUUAAAAAAGUGAACCUUUUCUCAGUUUGAGGAUUGACUCAAUACUGAGCUGCUGCUUCAUUGAAAGGACAAGGUUUUACACCAUUUACACCUGAGUGAACUUUACAGACUGGAAUAAAAGGCUCGCUUCAUCUGUGCCUUAUUUAUAUUAGGUAAUGGCUAUGUACUGUAUUUCUAUGCUGAAAGUCCCAUCUGGAUUGUUUUCUAUUACGGCUACAUGCACAUACUGUAUUUUUUUUUUUUUUUUUUUUUUUGUCUAUUUUUAACUUUCAGAUUCAGUACAACCUACAGACAAUGCAUUUUCUACAAAUUCCAACUACAUUAAAUAUCUUUGUUUACACCAUA